UGGUGUAUGGGUGUUUGGCAGUGGCUCAGGCGAGUAAGAAGAAUCCAUUUGGCGGUGUAAACAUAACCUGUGUAACCACUGCUGGCGAUACGAAAAACUCUAACUUAUAAUAAUUAAAACUACAUGUUUAUACUAUACACAUAAUAAAUAGCAAGAUGAUGUCAAUGUCUUCAAUCAUAAUAGAUAAAAUUCAUUCUACUGUGCGAAAAGAUGAUCCCGCUCGUGUCAUAAAUCUAUCAAAACAAGUACUGAAAGUGGAAAUGUCUCCUUUUGAAUGGUCUCACAGUUUAAUAUGCAUUGUUCAUAUUGAUGAAAUUGUGGUAGGAGUUAUUAAAUUCCAGGAAGAAGAUGAAGAAGAAUUGGAUGAAGUUGAAAUUUUGAAGUCUUUUAAAGUUGAUAGAAGGGUUCACUGUGUAUCGUGGAGCCCAGAGACUUCUCUCAGUGUUAUACCAAAAAGUGUGGUGUUUGCGUGUGGUACAGCUGACUAUGUAUAUAUUUACUCAUCAAAUAUGGCUGACAAAACUAAAAAUCAGAUACUGAAAGGCCACAACAGCUAUGUAAACUCAUUAGCGUAUGAGCCGUCGGGGGAACUGUUGGCUUCGGCAAGUGACGAUCUUACCUGCAGAUUGUGGGCUGUCAAAGAGGGUUACACCUGUCAGUCGAUGUUUGUACUGAAGUCUCCAGGAAUGUCCGUAUGCUGGCAUAGGGGAGACCCUGGCAAGCUUCUGGUUGCUGAGAAGAACGGCACAGUCCGCCUGUACAACGUGGAUCGGCAGCAGGCCAUCUUGUCAUUUGACUCUCAGCUGGUCCCCCUCAUUGCGGCAGACUGGUCUCCUGCUAACUGCUUCCGUGUGGCAGCUCUGGCCGGCGGGCAGCUUGUCGUGUGGGACACCACCCGUCCUUGUCGACCAGUGGAUAUACGAGUGGUUCACCCGAAUGGUGGCAACUCGCUGCGUUACUCGCACCAGAGUGAGCACCACAUUGCUACUGUAGGUCGGCCAGAUAACACUCUCAAAGUUACUCACGUCAACAUGAAACAUCCAGUCUGCAAUGCCACCAUGACUCUUGCUGGUGGCUUAAGCUGGACUUUCCGUUUGCCUUAUGUCUGUGUUGGACAGGACAGAUCUGUUUGUUUUUGGAGAGUUUCUACUAAAUAAUAUUUUUGUAAAUAAAAGUAAUUUAUAAUA